AGGCUUCACCGUGGACCUGGCUGCGCUCUGCCUCCGUUGGCAGUGCAGGUGCCGCUGCGCCGGGGCCCGGGAGGCUGCGCGCGCCGAGACGAGAGGAGCCAGGGAGGGAUGGAGAGCGGGCCGCCCGGGCUACAGAAGCACCGGCAAGGGGCGUAGGCGGGCGAGAAGCGGGCAUUGAGGCACCAGAAGUGUGCAGACGCAGGAGCACUUUGCGAUAGGAUGAGGCUCUUGGCUGGCGCGCGGUAGUACUAUGAUUUGGUAUGUGGCCACUUUGAUAGCAAGUGUGAUCAGCACCCGAGGUCUUGUGGCUCAAGUUGCCCACGGCCUGCGAGAGGAACCUGAGUUUGUGACCGCUCGUGCCGGCGAAGGUGUGGUUCUGCGAUGCGACGUCAUCCACCCAGUGACAGGACAGCCCCCACCCUAUGUCGUAGAGUGGUUCAAGUUUGGGGUCCCCAUCCCUAUCUUCAUCAAGUUUGGCUACUAUCCCCCGCAUGUGGACCCUGAGUAUGCAGGCCGGGCCAGUCUUCAUGAUAAAGCAUCUCUGCGGCUGGAGCAGGUGCGCUCUGAGGACCAGGGUUGGUACGAGUGCAAAGUGCUCAUGCUGGAUCAGCAGUAUGACACAUUCCACAACGGCAGCUGGGUCCAUCUCACCAUUAACGCCCCUCCCACCUUUACAGAAACACCCCCCCAGUACAUCGAGGCCAAGGAAGGUGGGAGUAUUACCAUGACUUGCACGGCUUUUGGGAACCCUAAACCCAUCGUCACCUGGCUCAAGGAAGGGACCCUCCUCAGUGCUAGUGGAAAGUAUCAGGUGAGUGACGGUAGCCUAACGGUGACGUCAGUCAGUCGGGAGGACAGAGGCGCCUAUACCUGUCGAGCAUAUAGCAUCCAGGGUGAGGCUGUGCACACAACCCAUCUGCUUGUUCAAGGGCCUCCCUUCAUUGUUUCCCCUCCUGAGAACAUCACCGUCAACAUCUCCCAGGAUGCUCUGCUUACCUGCAGGGCAGAGGCGUAUCCCGGCAACCUCACCUACACCUGGUACUGGCAGGAUGAGAACGUCUACUUCCAGAAUGACCUGAAGCUAAGGGUGCGGAUCCUGAUUGAUGGGACACUGAUCAUCUUCCGAGUGAAGCCAGAGGAUGCUGGGAAGUAUACCUGUGUCCCUAGCAACAGCCUGGGGCGUUCCCCCUCUGCCUCAGCAUACCUGACUGUGCAGUACCCAGCCCGUGUCCUCAACAUGCCCCCUGUAAUUUAUGUGCCCGUGGGAAUCCAUGGCUAUAUCCGCUGUCCUGUGGAUGCAGAGCCGCCUGCUACUGUGGUGAAGUGGAAUAAGGAUGGCCGGCCCCUGCAGGUAGAGAAGAACUUGGGUUGGACCUUGAUGGAGGAUGGCUCUAUUCGAAUUGAGGAGGCCACAGAGGAGGCUCUUGGCACUUACACCUGUGUGCCUUACAACACUUUGGGGACCAUGGGCCAGUCUGCCCCUGCCCGGCUCGUCCUGAAGGACCCCCCGUAUUUCACGGUGCUACCCGGCUGGGAGUACAGGCAGGAGGCUGGCCGGGAGCUGCUCAUCCCCUGUGCAGCUGCAGGGGACCCCUUCCCUGUCAUCACCUGGAGGAAGGUAGGGAAGCCCAGCAGAAGCAAGCACAAUGCACUGCCCAGCGGGAGUCUGCAGUUUCGUGCCCUGAGUAAGGAGGACCACGGGGAGUGGGAAUGUGUUGCCACCAACGUGGUCACAAGCAUCACUGCCAGCACCCACCUCACUGUCAUCGGCACCAGUCCCCAUGCCCCAGGCAGUGUCCGGGUCCAUGUCUCCAUGACAACUGCCAACGUGUCCUGGGAGCCAGGCUAUGAUGGAGGCUAUGAGCAGACAUUCUCAGUUUGGAUGAAGCGGGCUCAGUUUGGGCCCCACGACUGGCUGUCCUUGUCAGUGCCACUGGGCCCCAGCUGGCUGCUGGUAGACAGCCUGGAGCCUGAGACUGCAUACCAGUUCAGUGUCCUGGCCCAGAACAGGCUGGGGACCAGCGCCUUCAGUGAGGUGGUCACUGUGAACACUUUAGCAUUCCCUGUUACAACUCCAGAACCCCUGGUGCUGGUGACCCCACCAAGGUGCCUCACAGCCAACCGGACCCAGCAGGGUGUGCUCCUGUCCUGGCUCCCUCCUGCCAACCACAGCUUCCCCAUCGACCGCUACAUCAUGGAGUUCCGAGUUGGGGAGCGCUGGGAGAUGCUAGAUGAUGCCAUACCAGGCACCGAUGGAGAAUUUUUUGCCAAGGAUCUGUCACAGGAUACCUGGUAUGAGUUCCGGGUUUUGGCUGUCAUGCAGGAUCUGAUCAGCGAGCCCAGCAACAUCGCCGGUGUCUCCAGCACAGACAUCUUCCCGCAGCCGGACCUGACUGAUGAUGGGCUGGCCCGGCCAGUGUUGGCUGGGAUAGUGGCCACCAUCUGCUUCCUGGCGGCUGCCAUCCUCUUCAGCACUCUGGCUGCCUGCUUUGUCAACAAGCAGCGCAAACGCAAACUCAAGCGGAAGAAAGAUCCUCCGCUCUCCAUCACUCACUGUAGGAAGAGUCUUGAGUCUCCCUUGUCCUCUGGCAAGGUGAGUCCUGAGAGUAUCCGCACACUCCGAGCCCCGUCUGAAUCCUCUGACGACCAGGGCCAGCCAGCAGCCAAGAGGAUGCUGAGCCCUACAAGGGAGAAAGAGCUGUCCCUGUACAAAAAAACCAAGAGGGCUAUCAGCAGCAGGAAGUAUAGCGUGGCCAAGGCUGAGGCCGAAGCAGAGGCCACCACACCCAUUGAACUGAUCAGUAGAGGCCCGGAUGGCCGCUUCGUCAUGGGCCCGUCGGAGAUGGAGCCCUCUGUGAAGGGCCGGCGAAUCGAAGGCUUCCCCUUCGCUGAGGAGACGGACAUGUACCCUGAGUUCCGGCAGUCAGAUGAGGAGAAUGAAGACCCACUGGUACCCACGUCUGUGGCUGCUCUGAAGCCUCAACUGACCCCUAUGUCUUCCAGCCAGGACUCUUACCUGCCACCACCAGCAUACAGCCCUCGGUUCCAGCCUCGAGGGCUCGAGGGCCCCAGUGGACUGGGAGGACGACUCCAGGCUACUGGCCAAGCGAGGCCUCCUGCCCCUCGGCCCUUCCAGCAUGGCCAGUAUUAUGGGUACCUCAGCAGCAGCAGCCCUGGGGAGGUGGAGCCUCCACCCUUCUAUAUGCCAGAAGUGGGCAGCCCCUUGAGCUCAGUCAUGUCGUCCCCACCCCUGCACACCGAGGGGCCUUUUGGCCACCCUACCAUCCCUGAGGAAAACGGAGAGAAUGCUUCUAACAGCACUUUGCCCUUGACUCAGACACCUACAGGAGGGCGCUCCCCUGAGCCCUGGGGCCGGCCAGAAUUUCCCUUUGGGGGACUGGAGACCCCAGCUAUGAUGUUCCCCCACCAGCUGCACCCCUGUGAUGUGGCCGAGAGUUUGCAGCCCAAGCCCUGUCUGCCCCGAGGACUGCCCCCAGCCCCGCUCCAGGUGCCUGCAGCCUAUCCAGGCAUGCUAUCUCUGGAGGCACCAAAGGGCUGGGUAGGCAAGUCACCUGGCAGGGGUCCCAUCCCGGCGCCCCCUGCCACCAAGUGGCAGGAAAGACCUAUGCAACCUCUGGUCAGCCAAGGGCAGCUAAGACAUACCAGCCAAGGUAUGGGGAUACCGGUGUUGCCUUACCCGGAGCCAGCCGAGCCCGGGGGGCACGGUGGCCCCAGCACAUUUGGCCUGGACACUCGGUGGUAUGAGCCCCAGCCCCGGCCCCGGCCCAGCCCCCGGCAGGCCCGGCGUGCCGAGCCCAGUUUACAUCAAGUGGUGCUACAGCCCUCCCGGCUCUCACCUCUGACCCAAAGCCCCCUUAGUUCCCGCACUGGCUCCCCUGAGCUCGCUGCUCGUGCCCGACCUCGACCAGGCCUCCUGCAGCAGGCAGAGAUGUCAGAGAUCACCCUGCAGCCGCCAGCCGCGGUCAGCUUCUCUCGCAAGUCAACACCAUCAUCCACGGGAUCUCCUUCACAGAGCAGCCGCAGUGGGAGCCCCAGCUACAGGCCCACAAUGGGCUUCACUACUCUGGCCACAGGCUACCCUUCUCCACCACCUGGCCCUGCCCCUCCGGCGCCAGGGGACAACUUGGAUGUGUUUGGACAGACGCCUUCCCCUCGGAGGAUGGGGGAGGAGCCACUCCGGCCAGAGCCCCCAACAACCUUACCUACUUCAGGAAUACUUCCACCUGCACCCGGGAACGCUGCUGUGCCUGAGAGGCUGGAGGCUCUGAGAUACCAACGGAUAAAGAAGCCCAAAAAGUCAUCCAAGGGCUCUUCGAAGUCAAAGAAACGAUCCGACGGUUCUGCCUCCCAGGAUCAGCAGCUUCCCAACUCUCAGGUUCUGUGGCCCGACGAAGCUGUCUGCCUCAGAAAGAAGAAGAGACACUCUCGUCCUGAUCCCUUUGCCCGGCUUUCAGACUUGUGCCACCGUCAGCUUCCAGAAGACCAGACGGCCAUCCUCAACAGUGUGGAUCAUGAUGACCCAGGCCACGCUACUCUGCUAUGACUUGACACCAUUCUAAAUGUCCCCAGGGUGGGGUGCUAGGCUAAAGGGGGCAGAGAGGGACCAUUGUACAGGGCCUUGUCCUCCUCUGCCCAUCAUGGGAUGGCUCAGGCCCCUGACCUGUGUGUAUUCCCUCAUGCCAGUGGGGAAUACACCCACUAUCUAGCCAGCUAGCCUUGCCCAUGGGACAGAGGACUAGGGGAAGAGCUUUUAACUGUGGGUCAGAGUUGGGAGUAUGUGGGGAUAGAAGACAUCUGUCUCUAUGCCACCUCUCCCACUUUACUAGAUUGGUUCUUCUCACCUCUUCCAACGUCUUAGGAAGUGAGGAAACGGAAAGCAAUGGCUUUUAGUAAUGCAUUUGUUUCACUUUUCCAAGUCCUGGGAGGGGGUUAGAGUUAUAUCCGACCCUCCUAACUCCACAUAUAUAUAGAUAUAGAUACAAAUGCACUUGUGUGUCGUUGGUGGGUUUCUCUAUGUGUAUAUAUAUGUACAUUGAAGCAAAGUGCUUUUUCUCCCUGUGGUCAGUGAGGGACUGAGGAAGAUGCUGAACAGCGGGGCUUGGUGAGCAGGGCCUGCUAUGAACUGGUGGGUGUCCUCAUGUCUGUGUUGGGAGAUCAUUCCAGUUGAAAUAGGAUUCAUGCUUCCCAGCUGAGUUCACCAUUGUUCUAUCUAGCCUCUCCCAUCUGGAGCAGAAAUGGGGUCCUACCACGAUUCCUAGCUCCGUGCUUGGCAGGUUAGCAACAAGUUAACACCUGAACUAAACCCGGGCCUUUGUUGCCUGCUUGUUAGGUGAAGAAAGCAUGGCCAGGCUUAAAGCCCGACUGGUGUCUUUCUCACGCAGUUUGGCACUCACCACAGAUGUAGUGCUUGUUUAACAGUGGGGCUGACCGGCAGGCCUGGUGUACAACCCCCUGCUCAUGGGGUCAUGCCUCAGUCUCUUCUGGUCCAGCUAGGGCUAGGAGCCCUGCAGCCAAAGGCCCUCCUGUUCUGUAGCCACCUGUGCUCAGCACUAAGCUGCCACAAGCUCUGUUUAUACCCAUCUCUGCUCGGCACUCUGAGCUCCGCUCCCCUGCUGCCGAUUGGCUCCUCCUUUCCUUUUGUGUCUGCUAAUUCUCCAGAUUGAUUAAUUGCCAUUUGUGGGAGCUGCCUGUGGCUCCUUGGCAUACUCUCUAUGUGCUGCCUGCCAACUCUGCUCUGCCCUGGGGGUCCUUCUCCACCCCCUGGACCCAAUCUCUAGUGCAUGAGAUGAAGAGAUGGGGGUGCCUCGUAGUGUUGAGUUCUGGGGUGCUCUUUCCUCACUGCUUCUAUGUGGAAAUGACUGAGGCAUAGGAAUGAAGGUAGAAGGGGUAGCGGGCAGGCGCCAGGGCCCUAAUCCUUUCUCUGUCCAAAUCUUGUACUGGUUCAAACUGUUAGUGCUCAGCAGUUUUCCUGAUGACAUUUGUAAAUUCCGAUGCUUGUCUCUGGUGGGUUAUGGCGUUACUCAAGAGUAGAAAAGGGGGAGGGUGGGGACCACCCUCCCCUCCCCUCUCCUCCCCUCUGGCUUAGCCUAAAGUAGUGGGAACUGCCAGCUUCCUGGAAGUAUUCCUUCUUGGUGCUGCUGUAUCCGUCCCUCUCCAGUGAUUGCCUUGGGCAUUAGCCAUGCCUACCGGAAGGUUUCUGCUAGUCCCACAGAAGCUGCUGGUCACUUGGCCUAGUGACUUUGAUGAUGUCCCAGGGGCUGGGACACCUCCUUUCCAGAGCUUCCAUCUUCGGGGAUUGACUGCAUCUCUGCAGCCAGGCCUCGGUGCUCCCUUCUCUCUCCCAGCGAUGGACUCCACACUUGAGGCUUCACCAUGCAAGCCACACCAACCGCAGCUUUCUUCCGGACGUGGGAAAAAGAGGUGCUGAGGGCAGAGUUUCUUCUGCUCUGAGAUUAGGGCCACAUACCUUAGACUCCUCCAACUGAUGUGGUUGUCAGAGAUGUUGGAGACCACUGGCCCCUUGGACCUUAGCUCUGAUGAAGUAGAAGGGUUGACUUGCAAGAUUCCCGUUCUUUUGCAGAAGUGGCACACUGCUUCUUCCACUGUGACACCUUGGGCUGCUAAUUCAUCAUCUCGGGGGCUACUGGGAACAAGGCUACCUGAAAUAGCUGGGGUAGCAUUUGGAGACUCCUACGGGCCUAGCCUGUAUAGUGUUUGCUUGCUCUCACAUUACGUGAUUUCUGAACCACGGAAUGCAAAAGUAGGGUGUCGGGGCAGUAGCUUUGUAUUGAACUUGGACAACUAUUCUGAGGACCCUCCUGGGAAUUUUGGUCACUCUCUGGACCUUGAGGUUACAACCGAGAAGUUGUGGUCAAAGACUUUGUUUCUUUGGGGUGUUGUAGGGCCAAGAGCCAAACCUUGUGAGCUCAGAUGCCUCAGCCCAUGGCUAGGCUUGCAGGCCUGGCUUGCAGGCUGUGCUAACAAAGGUGCUGACUCCUUCCUCUUCUUGCCUCUGGCAGGGCCCCUUACCUCUGCCUUGCUGACCAAAUGGUGGAAACUGCUUUUGAUUGGCCACUGGGUGUGUGACAGCUGUGCUAUUGUGUCCCCUGGGCUCAGAAGGGACACAAGGUCCUACCCAUCCCAAAGUGGCCUCUCAGACAGUCUUCUCCUAAGAGGUCUUUCUUCUUAUGACUUUUCUUGGAGGCCAGCAGCAUUCCUGAAGUUCAGGAAACUGUUUCAGCCCCUCCUUUGAUUACUGCAAAGCCAACUGUUGGAUACAAUCCCCAUGGUCAGUGCCUGACCAGGGUGUCAUAGGCGUGGUCUCAAUUGCUAGAUUGGAGCACGUGUUUGACAAUAUGUUUAGAAAUGUGUGAUGUUGGGGUGUAUCCACUUCUAGGGACCAAUUACCUUUACACUCUUCCUCUGAACUUAGCAGUGACCACUAUUGAGCUUCCUAGGGCUUUCACCUUUCUUGCUGUGGGGGAUCAUGUCUUCCAAAUCCUCCCCUUUGGGUCUGGUAGCCUUGCAGAAGUAACUCAGUUCAAAACCUAUUCCUAUACUUGGUAUUUUUUGUGUGUGUCCUUCCUUCUGCACUGUCCCUGGAAGUGCUAUCGCAGUGUUUAAGCCACCAGCCAGGAAGAUCGUAAACUGGUUCUCUGAAGGCCCAGAAAGACUGCAAUUAUUUGACGGGAAGAAGAUGAAAAAUAAGAAGUGAAUCUUGUUUUUUCGACUUGAUGGCUGACUUACACAGUUUUGCUUUCCAGUCUCUGAGUGGAGAUCUAUGCAACCAUGGUUAUUGGUGGCUGUUGGUCUAAUGUCUAGUGCUGGCUUCUGCCUAAUGGCCAGCCCAUCUCCUUCCCAGUUUUCUUAGAGGGACUAGGGCAGGAGAGAGAUUACAUCACACACUGUGAGCAAGAUCUGUACUCUGUCUCCAGGGGCCUGGGUUAUGUAUUUGGGGGAGAUUUCAGCAGGGUGUGUUAGAACAAUUACUUAUUGGUGUUUUUUUUUUCACAGUGAUCUUACCUAUUUGAGGGUGAGCAGAUUUUAUUUUCUCAUUCUUCUGCUCUUUUUAUGCAGAGGAAGCUGCGUAAGGUUGAGAUGUGGUAUUCCUUUGUUUCCUCCUCCUGAUGAGAUUGGCACACUGUAGCUUCAGGGGAGGUAUCCCAGAACAUUAGGGCACUGUAGUUGCUUCCUAGGACCUGAGUCUGAGACUGAGGCCAUUUCUUCUAAUUUUGGUAGAAAAACCCUUUAAGAAGGCGUGGGGUGGACUGGGGAAAUUAUAUAGAUAAGUACGGUUUGUUAGUAUAUAGAGAACUCUAGGAAGUGAACAGCUAAUGGUUAGGCUUUGCUUUGCAUGUAAAAGUGCUUUGGGGGGCACUGCAGCGACUUGGGGGUGGGAGGAUAGAGUCAAGAGCAGAGAUACAGAGCAUGGAGGUACUACUAAUGCUUUCUCUGGGAUCCUGUGCAUUUUCACUAGUGUUCCUUGGCUGGGCCCUACCCUUUGUGCAAGCUCCAAUACAACAGAGGCUCAGAGCCGUGCUGAUUAUCUUUGUCUCUUUGGGAACAGGCUCUGGAUGUGUGUGGCAGCUCUUCUUCAUUGACUACAGUAGGGCAAGGGAUGAUUGCGGAAAGGAAGUUAGACUGUUAGAGAGUGGAGGGAAGGCACGAUGUGACACUUAGAGGGUUGGAGUCGUGAAUCAGUUGUCUGUAAAGCAAGGAAUCCUGGGAUGACAAGGUUAAGACUUACACAGGGUACCAAGCUUCUGGUUCUCUUUGGAGACUCUACCAGCCCAGACAGUACAGAUGUCGGAGGCUCAUCACAAGGAAAUGAACGACUGGCAGGGAAGGCAGUGAGGGGCAGGCACCCCUGGUGUGGGAGGGAUGUGGCCACCAAGAACAGGUUGUGAGCAGACUGGAUCUUGGGAGAAAGUUUGCUUAAGACAGGACUUUUCUGGUUAUAGAAUGCGUCUCUAACUGACAACGCAGACUUCUUCAGUUUUUUUCUGUUUCUGGAGCUUCUUGCUGAAAAGUGGGAGACUGGUCUUCAAAUGCCCACAGCUCCUUGUCGGUGGAGAGGGAACAGUUGUUCUCGGGAACUUGGUCCUCAUUCUCAUGGCUGCUGUGGCAGACUGUGUCUGAAAGUGCUCAGUGGACCUUUGUGCUGAUGGUGGAGGGGAGGGGCUUCCGAUCUUGUCAGUUUUCUUCUUGAGCUAUAGAGAAUGCCUUCAACUUGGAGGCUUCAUAGUGGCCUUGUGACUAGAGGCUUUGUUUUUAAUUUCUCUUCCUUUGAUAGGUUAAAGAUACCAUACUAUAGCUAUCAGAGUAAAAUAAUUUCAUCUGAAACCAGAGGUCAUCUGUUGUGUACUCCUUACUCUAUGGAACUUCCUCUUGGAUUAAGAGGAAGAACUGAAGAUCUCUUUAAGAGAAGUCACUAAUCUGAGAAUCAAAGCUCCAGUUGGAUUCUAAGAGCUCUUCCCAACUCCUGCAACUUGGUGCAGUUAUGGGUCUGGCUUAUAACGGCUUCACCUCUAAUGUUGAACGAGCGUGGGUCCAGAGCCAUAUGUCUGGGCUCCUGUCUAUACUUCCAAAUAAGCUUUCAGGAACAAAUAUGCUGUCUGCACCAGAUGUUUGGUGUCUUGGAUUGCCAAGAGGGUAAACGUUUUUUCAUGACCUCAUUUAAAAUAAUAAUAAUCCCUAAUCAAUUGAAUCUGGUUUAAAGACACUCCUAGAUCAUUCUGAAUUCUGUGUAGAUUAAAAAAAAAUGCAUUAGUGCAAAUCUUUUUCGUGACUGGCCAUGUCUUAGGAGGGGGAAGAGUUGGGGUAUCCUAACUGCUAAAUAGAUGGGUAGAUCAGCAGCGGGCCAUUGAACCACUCAGACUUUCUCUUCUGUAGUGGGUCAACUACAGCAGUUAGGGAUUCUUAGGAGCUCUGGUGAAGAGCGAUCGGCUGUGCACCGCUGGCAUUGGAAUUCAACCAAAGCAGCACAAGAGACUCAGCUUGCAGCCGGGGCCUCCACUGUCUACCUUUCCUUCCCAGCUUAUCUACAUGGUAACAUGAAUGAGUGGGCUUGCUGUUCUUUUGGGUCUUGAAGAAAUGUGUCCCACCAAUCCCAUCUCCCACCGGCAUUGACUUCCUGGAUCUGUUUUAAGGAAGUGCAGAGCAAGCUCUCCCUCCACCCACAUUCAUACCAUCCAGACUCUCUUUCCUUCUUGCCUCCACUUGGGUGUAGCUCCAGGAUCUCUGGCUUGUGCAUGGUUUACACUAGGGAGGUGGUUGGGUUAGGGAGAGAAUUGGGGAGGGUCUAGGGGUUGGACUGGGGAAGGGGAUUUGCAUUUUCAACCUUAAAAUACUGAAAGCAUGCUUUGGGGUGACCUCUGGGAUUUUCACAUAAACUAUGGUUAGGGAAAAUGCCUGUUGCUCCUCAUAUGGGAGGUGGGGACUUGGGAGACAUUUGCCUUCCUUUUGGCUUAGGAACCUAUUCUAUUUGGUAGAGGACGAUAAGCCUCCUUAUAGUUACCUUUGCAAACCCUGGAAGGGAAACUUACUUAUUCUAUCACCGAGUAUUUAUAUUGCCUACUGAGAACAACUGAGCAGUCUGUUGUGGGUUGACAUUGCCCUGGCUGGGUCAGAGAAAUGGAGUAAUCUCACCUGUUUCUCUGCGGGUGUCAGGUUAUCUGCCUGGUCAUGAACCCCUAGCCAACUGAUUAGUCCAGUGUUCAGAAUUAAGUGUAUUAGAUGGGUCUGAGUAUCCGUGAGGUGUGUGAUGUGUAUGUGUGGGCGGCGUGUGCAGUGUGUGUGUGUGUUGUAUGGGUAUGCUUUGGAUGUGUGUUUGAUGAGAGUAUGGGUGUGAGGGAAUUGUAGUAGAGACACCGCUUUGCCUGGGUAGCAUCAGGCCUAGUUAUGGCUGACUCUUUCUUUGCUAGACUAACUUCUGCUUUGGCAGGAGGGUCAUAAUAUACCACCUUGAGUGUAUUUUUUAUGGAGAUUGUACAUAAAAUUAUAUAAAUAUAUAUAACUUGUUCUAUUUUAAGGCAAAAGGAGACUUACUGGGGAGGGGGGCAAGACUCAGAUGCAAUAGUGGUGGCUAACAGUGGGAGCUUCAGGUAAGUUGUCCACACGGGGAGUGGGGGGUGUGGGGGGGAAGCGAUGUAAGCCGGGCAGGAGUGGGCCUCAUGCCCUCUGCACAUAUAUAUAAAUAUAAAGAAAACUUAUAUAAAGCUAUCUAUCUAGCAUAUCUAUAUAUCUAUAUGAAGUCAUAGUUUGCUUUAUUUUUGUACCUGUGCUUUAGAGACACUUUGAGCAGUAUCGCCUCCCCCAGGUGGUCCGGGGUGUUCGCUCAUGCCUUGAUCCCACCUAUUUCUCCAUCCUCCUUGAGACAGACCGUGUUGGAAGCUGCUUGAGUCUUUCUGGUAGAUAAUGUGUAUAUAUGAAAAGAGCUAAAGUCACUUGUAGAAAGGACAAGCGAGCUGAAGACGGAAAGCUACCGGAUCUGUGUGUUUCCUGUCAGGAGGGUUCCCUAACUCAUGCUGUUUGGUAGAUGUGCUCAGUGUACAAAGGACGACGGAGAGCUUAGCAUUAAUCCAUACCCCAUGGCUAAAGUUGGUACUCAGUUGCUUGGAAACGAUCUAGCUCAGCAUCUUGGGCAGAGGGAGUAGUUCGGAUUCUCUAGGUCUUCUGGUAACACCUCUCCUGCUUUGUAGCACCUAGGCUCAAGCAGCCCCCAUGGAAGGUGGUAGUGAGGUUUUUGAAGCUGACUGCGUGGGCUCAGUCUUGGAGAAGAUACACCCUGGUAAUUACUGCUGUAGAGUCUUGGAACCAGCGUGAAUGUGAUAUCUCGUAUAAAUAUAGCAUCUGUGCUUUUUCAUUUAUUUUUAAUUGGAAAAUAAACUGUUGUCAGAAAUGGGGCAGUCUAGUCCCAGAACACUGAAUGGAAGAUCAGGCAUGAGGGACUGACAUUGGUCAUGAUGUAAGGAAUGAGCCCCAUUGCUAUCUUCCUUGCCCGGGACUCGGACACUAAAUAAUGUAUCGGAACAAUGUGGUGUGGAUGGGAGAUUUGGGGAGGAGUUCACUUGCGUUUGGGAAGGAAAAUGUGUGCUCUGAAGAAUACCUCUUUGAGAAUUCAAGACCUCACAUAUGCUGUUAGGGCCACAUGCCCUGCAGCCUUAGCUGGCGUCCCCUGGUGCUAGCUCUUUCUUCUCAUGUGCCAAGUGAUCAGAGUGAUGUGCUUGAAGCUGAUACAGAUGCCAGGGGAGACUCAAGACUGUAGUCUCUCCAGUCUUCCUGCUUCUCAUUUAAGAAAAGGCAAAAGUGCCCCCCUCUGCCUCAACAAAACAUAAUGCUAGCCAAGAGCUCUUAUUCCAGAUGCCUCAACCGUGGGAUAGGCAAAGUAGGGUGGAGAAGAGCUUAACUCUAACUCCUGACCCGUAUGGAGACCUAUGAUUCCCUUAAUGAUCUGUUUAAAAUAUUCAAAAAUGUCCAAGGAUAUUGUGAGAAAAUGGACUCUUGUGGUUCAGGAAGUUCAGGAUGGAUGGCAGCACUGGGUCUAAUUGGCAGUGUGUCCUGCCUUACUCCUCAGGAGGCCAAAGGAGGAGAGCCAGGUGUUUCUUGUAGAUUUCCUGAGAGGCUGGGCAAGAGGAAGAACAGCACAUUCUUAGUUCCUUUCUAGCUUGAGUCCUCUCCUCACUUACCAGAGAGGGGAUUCCAUUGCUGUUGUUUUGACUCUUAGAGCCCACCUCGUUUCUUUUGUCUCACUUCCUGUCCUGAGAUCCGAGCAGAGCAGAUCUUGUCAGCAUCGCAGGGCUCAUACUCCAUGAAGCCCAGGUUUGCUCUGACGCUACUCUACUGAGAAUCUACUCCACGUUGAUUCUCAGAAACCCCAGCAGCACCAAGGUACCUGAGAUUACCCGCCGAUUUCAUGACCUCCAGUUGGACCCCUCUCUGGAAAUGGGAAGACGGAUACGUCCUUCAUCUUGAAGCUUUACGGCUUCGGGAAUGUUACCGUUACCCUUUCUAUGACCCAGACCUCAUGAAGAUGGUGCAAGGCGUGCACUGGAGGAGAAACGAGUGGAGGCCCAGAAGAGCCAGCUUUCCGUAAGAGAACACAGAGCUAAGAAGGCCAGGGUCUGAUUAUGUGUGGAAGGAGUAAAGCUGCCUUAACUCUGAAUCUUUCAGUUAAUGGGACUGGUGUUUGGGAAGGGAGCCCUGAGAAAGCCACUGCCAGGAUUCUGAGCUGUUUCAUAUCCUUAUGAUUCACCUUGGUCCCUAGGUCAUGGGAGGUUGAAUUGUGAUGCUUUUUCUUCUUAGUAGGAGAUAGAGGAAAUCUGUGGGGACUUAGUUUGGCUACCUCUGUCUGUUCUAUGGAACGAAUGUGGAAACAGAUCUGGGAAUUGCUCUCCCCAGGGUCGAUGCAGCUCUGUCCUUUCCCCACUGUCCUUAACCAGGAGCCUCGGGGAAAGGGACACCUCCACCAUGCGUCAGUUUUGCCUGGGCCUCACCUUGUGCUGUAGGUCUGUGUGGAAACAUUUUGGGUAAUACAAAUGCGUGAGGUGAGGGACAGGACACGGGCCCGUCCUGUGGGUGAGGGCUAGAUCAUGAUGCUGGCUUAGGGGGUAUUUUGGGGGGGGUUGUUCUGUUGCUGAGGAAGUGACUGAAAGGAGGUGCUCUGUGGAAUGAAUGACCUUGAUGCGGGAACUGGAAACUGAGAUAUCACUAAGGGAGCAGCUGAUCAGUGUUCUCUUCACGGAGCCCUGUAUGCACUGUCAGAAAGUCUUAAAGCUCCAUUCAGAUUUAGUUUCCUAACUGCCAUUUGUGGGGCCAGAGACUGAGGGCAGGAGGGGGGCAUGCUUCCCCAAGUUACCUGUCCUUAUACAGCCCUUGACCGGGCAGAGGGUGUUCUGCUCUGGUCAGCAACUCUGGGGCCCCCAUCAUCUCUAACUUUUCUCUUUCAUGAGGAAGAGCUGUAUCAUCUUGGACAUAGUUUUUUGGUCUGAAUUCCCUCCCUCCUGUUGUCCCAUUAGUGUGUAGACACACAGCAGUGGGGAGGUGAAGGAUCCUGGUGCUCCCUGCCAGGCUCCCUCACAGACGGCACACCUCUUGCACAUGGCAACCUCCUGGCUGUUAGUCUUAACAUACCUGGACAUGACUAUCAAUAUUGUCAUGAGAUUUCUUGCUCUCAUUUCAAACCUUUAUUCUUCCUUUGGCUUUCGUUGGGUCUCUUCACUCACGCCUAGUCUUCUCACGAAGAUGGUUCAGACCUCAUUUCUAUUUCUUGAAUGUUGAGUAUUACAUCACAGCGCUAGGGUGCUUCAUGGUGCUGCUCCUGAAGAGGCCAGCUGGACGGGAUCAGUACGCUUCGUCCCACUGGUUCCUUAGAGCUUGCUGUAUUUUGUCUCUAUUAGAUGUUUUUCCUUAGUGGGUUGGGGUGGGAGAUGUAGGGGUAGCUUUUGUGUUCUCUCUCUCUCUCUCUCUCUCUCUCUCUCUCUCUCUCUCUCUCUCUUCCUUUUUCUGUAUGUAUGUAUGGAUUGGUUAAAGUCAGUUAUCAUGGGCAGCUGACUUUGACUCCAAAUUAAAGUUAAACAACACAUUGUACAGCUGUGCACAGAACACCUUUGAGUGUCAAUUUGGAUGGCAACUAGAGGCAUACUUUUUGAACUUCAGGUAUGUAACCGAAAAGUAAAUAAAACACUAUUUUUUCAGUAA